GAAAAACAAAACUAAAACAACAUCAACAAAAUGGCUCAAAUGGUACAAAUGACCACAGAACAAUUGCAACAACUCAUCGAGGCUGUUCGCGUAUCCGCUGCCAACAGUGCUGCCCAGGCUGCUGAAAAUGUCCAACAAAAAUCCAAGGGCAGUUUCAGUAAUUGUCCCUCUCGUUUCGGUGGCCAACGUGAUCAUGAAGCUGUCGAGGAAUUCAUAACCUCCAUUGUAACGUACAAGGAAAUCGAAUGUAUCAGUGAUGAGGAUGCCUUGAAGGGUAUCUCUUUGCUGUUCUAUGGCUUGGCCUCCACUUGGUGGCAAGGUGUACGCAAAGAAGCUAAAACAUGGGAUGAUGUUUUGGCUCUGAUCCGUGACCAUUUCUCACCCACCAAACCAGCCUAUCAAAUCUAUGUGGACAUCUUUGAGAAGAAACAAGAAGACAAUGUGGCCAUUGAUACAUUCGUGUGCCAAAAGCGGGCCCUCUUGGCUCAAUUGCCUGAAGGUAGACACGACGAGGAGACCGAAAUCGAUUUUGUAUAUGGUCUGCUGAAUAUCAAAUACCGCAAGCAUAUUGCACGCCAAGACAUCAAGACGUUCCGUGAUCUGCUGGAGAAGGGUCGCAUCAUUGAACACAACAUGAUGGAAGAUGAGGCUGAUCAAAAGGGACCAGUGCGUGGUUCCAAGGGCACAAAACGUUGUACGUAUUGCAAUUUCCGUGGUCAUACCACAGAACAGUGCCGCAAACGCAAGUCGGACGAAGAAUAAA